CCCUGCCGCACUAGGACUCGGACAAUGUAAACAGCCAAAUCUCUUUUGGGCCCCGUUAGAUUUCACCCCCAAGAAGAAGACGCAUCACAGGCCUGGCUUGACAGCACGUGUAGAGCUCGAGGGGAUGGUGGGAAGAUCAUAACAGGCCAGGGUCCCACGUGGACAUUUGAUUGGCCCAACCCGAGAUGAAUACCUUCCCGGUCGGGACAUGGCCCUGGUGACAUCACGGGUCCCUGGUCGGCUGCUGCCCGCAUCAAGACGAUGGGACCUCAAGAUGGUUGAAUAAAUAACGGGAAGGGUCUCUAGGACGAACACCAGUUCGCAGUGGUCGUGCUUUUUCCUGGCUUCUGGGUCAUCAAGAUAUCACCACCAAGCCAGCCAACCCCGCACCCGUCAUCCCCCCCCCCAUCUUCCUCUGCCACCCUCGUUCUCUGCAAUGUUUUUCUCACGGAUCGCCGCGGCCCUGGUCGCGGUCCAAGCCGUCCUGGCCCAGUCAGACAUACCAGUCUCGCCAGACCUGGAGAAGAUCAUCACCGAUGCCGCCUCGGACCCAAAAUACGACUACCCGACCUCGUUGACCCGGGGCAUCAUCCCGAAGGGCCUUCACUCUCACAAUGACUACUGGCGCCAAGUCCCCUUCUACUCGGCCCUCAAGGCAGGCGCAAUCAGCAUCGAGGCCGACGUCUGGCUCUACAACGGCACCCUCCACGUAGGCCACGACGAGUCCUCCCUGACCGAGGCCCGCACCCUGGACAGCCUGUACAUCCAGCCCAUCCUGUCCGUCCUGGAGAAGCAGAACCCAGACAGCAGCUUCGUCGGCAACACCACCACCAGGAACGGCGUCUACGACACCGUCCCCAGCCAGACCCUCUACCUCUUCGUGGACCUAAAGACCGACGGCGCCACCACCUUCCCCGCGGUGAUCAAGGCCCUCCAGCCCCUCCGCGACGCGGGCUACCUGACCACCUUCGACGGCACAUCCGUCACCCAGGGACCCGUCACCGUCAUCGGCACCGGCAACACGCCCCUCGGCCAGGUGCAGGGCGUCGCGCCCCGCGACUACUUCUGGGACGCCCCCAUCCCCCUGCUGGCCGCGGUCCCGGCCGACGUCUCGCCCAUCGCCAGCACCAGCUUCAACGUCUUCUUCCCCGGCGUGCGCGGCAAUGAUGGGCUCAACGACGCGCAGAAGGUGCUCCUCGCCGCGCAGGUCGCCCUCGCCAAGGUCAAGGGCGUCAAGCUGCGGUUCUGGGACCAGCCCGGGUGGCCUGUCGGCACGCGCAACGGCGUCUGGAGGUCGCUUUGGGAUGCUGGGGUGGAUAUCUUGAAUGUGGAUGAUUUGGACGCCGCGGCUAAUUUUUGGGAGAGUAUGGGUUGACGGCCGCAGCUGUCUUGAGGUUGUGGCCGGCGUGGGCUGUGCGUGGCCGCUCGGGUUGGGAAUUUAAUACAAAGUACGCAGGUACUGAGGCCAUUCGGCUUCGACCCUCUGGCUGGCUUGACAGCCGAGGAGUCGAG